AUGUACUUCAACACAGCCCUCGUCCUCGCCCUUGCCGGCGCCGCAUGCGCCGCUCCCUCAUCAGAGAACAAGCCCCGCCAGCAGCAGGGCCAAUUCGACGCCUCGGACCCAGACUUCCUCUCGCUGAUCCCCGAGUUCGGCGUCGAGCAGGGCGUCAACCCGACGGGGACGGGCGACUGCGACGGGUUCAACGCGGCGCAGAACAAGGUGGUGCCCAUCAACUGCGAGAAGUGCCCGCCGCCGCGUGACGCCUACGUGCAGCAGCUCGCCAAGGACCUGAACGCGGGCAACGUGUUCGGCUCCCCCGUCACCUUCAACACGGACCCGGCCACCGCCAACGACGCGCAGGCCAACAAGGACCGCGCCACCGCGUGCCUCACCUCGCUGCAGAGCUUCUACGGCUCCAAGGGCGUCGGCUGCCCCGCCGUCGCCGCGCCCAACAUGGCCAAGCAGCAGACCACCGGCGUCAGGGACGACAAGCAGUUCAUCCCCCAGGCCGGCGGCGCCGGCGGUGCCAGCGGUGCCAGCGGCGCCAACUCGGCGAGCGCUGCCUCCGCGAGCGGGGCUGCCAGGAAGAGGAAGAACAUCUAG